UUAACGAGACUAUUAACGACUGUUUACAUUCCUUCAAUACCGAGCAAUGCGAUUCCGACCCGUUUGGUUGCAUUGAUGAAUGCAUCAUUUUCCCUUUAAAACAAACAAAUAUAUUCAGUGAAGGUAAAGAAUACAGACUCAUAAUAAUCGAUGCUUUGGAUAAAUGCUAUGAAACAUUUUUGCUUGAAGAAAGUAACAUAUCGUUUAAUUUCAUGGAACGCCGUGCAGAUAAGUUGCCAAGUUGGAUCAAGUUGCUGGUAACGAGUAGAAGGCUACCAAUAGUCGUGACCCGGAAAUGACUCACUUGGGGUUUUUCCAAUAAUUUGGUCACGUGAUGCCGGUACAAAUACAAGCGCCAUUUGCAUUUAUCAAAAUGAGUACUGUUCUGUUUCGUAGCCGUUCUGUUGCCGACUUACAGCGUUAUUUGAGAGAAAGGGGUGUCACAUUUAGUGAUUCUAGGAAACCUGCGUUAGUAGAACUCUGUAGUUUGGCAGAAGAGCUGAGGAUUGAGGUUGAUCCCGACGGAUUAUUAGAAGAUCGGCCUGAAGCCGUCUGUCAGAAGCUGAUGCUGAGUGACAUGUGCCUUGUGUCUCCACAACGGCUGUCUGGGACUAGCGAUCUGUCUAUCGUGCCAGUUCUGUCAAUUUUUGACAUCUACAAUUACUUAAUAACUUUCAAUAACUAUGAUCACGCCUCCCUAAGGGCAUAUCACCAACUUGAGGGAUAUUCUAUGUUCCGAGAUGGCUAUACACGAGGUAUUGAGACAGUGCCAUAUCCCAAUACUGCCUUUGUUGCUGUGAAAGCCAAUGUGAAACCGCGGACGAAUGAUAAAGAUCCAGUAUCCAAGAGAGGCUACUUCAGCUGUUGGAUCAUGAUGAAGAACAGUGACGAGGGAUCCAUUCUAUCUGCUUAUUGCAGUUGCAAAGGAGGCAUUGAUGGAUGCUGUCGACAUGUUGUGGCAACCCUCUUCGAAGUUCUUGACUUUGUACAAGACUUCAAGAAGACCAGCUGUACUUCAGGGCCAUGUAUGUGGGUUCGGCGUGCUUCUCAGGCCGAUCAACUAGGCAAACCUAUUCCUGCCUCACAACUUGAGACUUCAAUUAUGGUGGAGCCCAGCACACAGACAGCAAUGCCCCUGUAUUCGCCAUUGUCUGAUGAGUAUCCAGUGCCAGAUCCUAACGAUUUCCUUGAAAAAGUGAAAAUUCUUCAACCAACAGCCUGCGGAUUACGUGCCAUGUAUGACUGCUCAUAUAAAAAGAAUUGUACUUCAUCACCUCUGAGCGUCAAAACACCAAUGGAAAGAGCUGAACAAUUUAUGAAGGAACAUAUAUGUGAAAAUUUAUCUUGUAACUGUUCUAAUAUAUUUAUGUAUUAUUAUCUUACUUAUUCAGAGAAUGAAUGUGAGCAAAUUGAACAAUUAACAAGAGGUCAAUCAAAAAUAAUAACUGGCAUCGGAUGA